CUCAAUCUUCCAUGUGUUUACACUUUACUGUACAAACAUGGGCUCACCAAAAAUGUUUGUCCUCUAGUGAAUUUUGUACCCUCUUUCUGUUUCUGUUUCUGUGUUCACUGUUCAUAUAGCAAAAAUGAGUAAAAAGCUGUUCAAUUGGAAAGCCCGGCAAGUGGUUGAUACAUUAGUCGAUGAUUCCAGCACGAAACAGAUUAAAGUAGAUUUAGACGUGAAAGGUCAUUAUGAUCAAAGCAACGAGUUGGUUUUGCCCUCUGAUAAACGAAAAACCAAAGUUAAAGAUGACAAAACUAAAAUCACCAGAAUCUUGUCUAAUAAGCAACGUAAGAGAUUGGAAAAAAUCGUUGAUAAGAAGAAGAAAAAGGAAAAUAGAGCAAAUUUGCUUGAAUCCCUUCAAAAAGUCCAAGCAACUACAGAGGAACUUUCCCAACUCACUUCAAUUGCAUCGGUUCAAACAAAAGGCUUAAGAAAAUAUUUCCAAGAGGAAGCAAACCCUGACAAAAUCAAAUUCAAGCCAAAUUUAAUUGUCGAAGAUGGUCAAAAGAAAAUUAAUACAUUAUCGGGAGCAAAAAGAAGAAAAUUACUUCAAGAAACUCUUCUUCCUGAUAAAAGAGCUAAAAUAACUGACCCUAAUGUCGUUGGAUUUGAAAGUGACAGUGAGGAAUCUAGUGGAGAAAGUGAUAAUAACGUAGUUGGGAAAACAGAAGAGCUAAUCGAAACCAGACCAAUUGAAGUUGAAUCAACAAUAAUUGAGAAUAGUGAUCAUGGAGAAAUAAUUUUAUCAGAAACCAAGUCAGAAAUAAUUGAAAUAAAAGACGAUCCCAAAAUCAUUAAUAUUGAAAAAAAGCCUGCAGUUUACGUAGAUGUAAUCAGAAACGAAGAAAUCCAAAUUGCUAGAAUGAAAUUGCCAAUUUUAGCUGAAGAACAACAAAUAAUGGAAACCAUUAACGAAAACUCCAUAAUAAUUAUUGCUGGAGAAACUGGCAGUGGAAAGACCACACAAGUGCCACAGUUUCUAUAUGAGGCAGGUUACGCCUUGAAAAAACAAAUCGGGGUUACUGAACCUAGAAGGGUGGCUGCCAUUUCCAUGUCUAAAAGAGUGGCGGAAGAAAUGAAUUUAAGCACCAAAGAAGUCUCUUAUUUGAUUCGGUUUGAAGGCAACGUAACUGACGAUACCAAAAUUAAAUUUAUGACUGAUGGUGUGUUGUUAAAAGAAAUGCAAAGUGAUUUUUUGUUGAUGAAAUAUUCAGUUAUUAUUUUGGAUGAGGCUCAUGAAAGGUCAGUAUACACAGACAUCCUAAUAGGUUUCCUAUCAAGAAUUGUCCCUUUGAGACACAAAAAAGGCGAUCCACUAAAACUAAUAAUAAUGUCCGCCACUUUGCGUUUAACAGAUUUUACUGAUAAUAAAAGACUCUUCAAAAUAACACCUCCAGUUAUAAAAGUUGAUGCGAGGCAGUUUCCUGUAACAGUACAUUUCAAUAAACGAACAAACGAAAACUAUUUGAAAGAAGCUUAUAGUAAAACUGUUAAAAUACACACCAAAUUGCCUGAAGGUGGAAUUUUGAUUUUUGUCACUGGCCAGCAAGAGGUUAACUAUUUAGUUAGAAAAUUACGCAGGGCAUUCCCUUUGAAACAUAAAGACAAAAUGCUUGAAAAAGAAAAAGAGGUUAAAGAAGAAGAAACAAAAGAGGAAGUUGAUCAUUUUGAUGAAAAUAACAAGAAAAAAUCUAUUAGGAAAAAGAAGAAAGUGAAAAUAGUUCCUGAAAUCAAUUUAGACGAUUACAGCCUUCCUAAUGAUACUGAAACCAUUUCUGAUGAUGAAGAAGGCUUAACAUCAGAUGAAGAAAGUGACAACAUAGAUGACAUAACAGUAUUUCAAAAUGCACAACCUUUGUGGACUUUACCGUUGUUUUCUAUGUUGCCAUCUCAUAAACAGCAGAAGGUUUUCCAAUCGCCUCCUAAUGGUUGUCGUCUGUGUAUAGUCAGCACAAACGUUGCAGAAACGUCUCUAACAAUCCCCAACGUCAAAUAUGUAGUGGACUGUGGCAAAUCAAAAAUUAAACUAUACGAUAAAGUUACAGGUCUAACGAGUCACGUCGUACAUUGGACCAGUAAAGCUUCAGCAGAUCAAAGGGCCGGUAGGGCGGGUCGUACAGGGCCCGGACAUUGUUACAGGUUGUAUUCGAGUGCGGUGUUCAAUGAUGUCUUUCAGCAAUUCGGUACCCCAGAAAUUCAGCAAAAACCCGUAGACGAUUUGUAUUUGCAGAUGAAAUGUAUGAAUAUCGAUAAGAUUGUGAACUUUCCGUUUCCUACAGCGCCCGAUUUGUUGCAGUUGAAAACGGCCGAGCAAAGAUUGGAAGUUCUGGGUGCAUUAAAAAAAGGUCAAGUAACACUUCUAGGUCGUGCCAUCUCAAAGUUUCCUGUACUACCACGAUACGGAAAAAUGUUGGCCUUAAGCCACCAACAAGAUCUUUUACCUUACACUAUUUGCUUGGUAGCAGCUUUGAGCGUCCAAGAAGUCUUACUAGAGACUCCUAUCUUAGCCACUUCCCCAGAAGACCAAAAAGCCACAAGACAAAAAUGGUCAGCACUAAGACGUCAAUGGGCAGGAACUGGAAACGCACUUUUACUAGGCGACAACAGUGUUUUGCUUAAAGCAGUGGGCGCUGCUGAGUAUGCUCACAGCCAAGGCAAAUUGCAAGAGUUUUGCGAUAAAAACGGCCUCAGACAUAAGGCUGUCAGAGAAAUAAGAAAACUUAGAUUGCAAUUGACGUCUGAAAUUAAAAAGAAUUUGCCCGAAGUUGAUAUAUUUGUUGAUCCCAGAAUGGAGCCACCGACUGAUCUUCAAGCGAAACUUCUCAGGCAAAUUUUACUUUCGGGUAUGGGAGACCAAAUUGCGAAAAAAGUAUCUGUAGAAGAAGUGACUGAAGACGAAGAUAAGGCUAAGUUUAAAUAUGCCUAUAAAGCCAAUAACAUGGAAGAACCUGUAUUUUUACAUCAGAAUUCCGUACUUAAACAAAAAUUACCUGAAUUUGUAAUAUACCAAGAAAUCUAUGAAACCAACAAAAUCUACAUGAGGGGAGUCACAGCAAUAGAGCCUGAUUGGUUACCAAUUUACGUACCAGGCCUGUGCAACUUAUCAGAACCUUUAGUUGAACCUCCGCCAUAUUAUAAUAGCAAAACAGGCAAAGUGCAUUGUACAAUGCAAGGUACUUUAGGUUCUCAAGCCUGGCCUUUACCACCCAUGGACAUGGCCUACCCUGAGGGAGUAGACAAUGUUAAAUGGUUCGCAAGGUUUUUUUUAGAGGGAGUUGUUUUUAAAAAAAUUGAAAAAUAUAACAAAAGUUUGUUGAGCCAACCAAAGGUUAUGAUUAAAAGUUGGGCAAGGUUGCAGCCUAGAACAGAAUCGUUACUCAAGGCACUUCUGGCUAAGAGAGUUACGGGAAAACAGUCUUUGGAGGAUGCUUGGAAGGAAGAUUCAAAAUAUUUAUUGCAAGAAUAUCUAAAAUGGCUGCCCGAAUCUGCCCAUAGUGAAGUUACUCUAAUGUGGCCUCCUCUAUAAUAAUUUUUUUUUUUAAAUUGUAUAUAUUGUAUGUUACCUCCUUAAUAAAUUAUCAAGGUUUAAUUUUUGAUAA